UGUAUAUCAAUAUACGUAAAAUUUAAUCGUUAAGGUCGGAAUGUAUGUGCAGAUAUGUGUAAGUGCAUUAUUUCAAAAUAUAACCAUCUAAUAACAUGUUUGCUUAGUUGGAUUUUUAUAGAUGUAAUUCAAAAUAUAUACGGGUGAUUAUUUUUGAUUUGAAAUAAAGACAUUUGCAGUUAUAUAAAAUUGAAUAUGAGGGAGGCAAAAAAAAUAUGAGUAAAAUUUCUUCGCUAUCAGUACUAUUCAAAUGGAAUAAAGUAAAGGCAUCAUGUAAUAAAACCUUACCAAGAUCUAGAUGUAAACAUGCAUGCUGCUUACAUAAUGAAUAUGCAUACAUUAUUGGUGGAAAAGAUGGCAAUGUUUCAGUAAAAGAUUUCUGCAGAUUUCAUAUAGGUACACACAAAUGGGAGGAACUUUCAUAUAGAGGGGAAAAGAUUCCCUAUUUUGAAGGCCACAGCCUAGUUGCACACAAGAGACUUCUGUUACUGUUUGGAGGUGUUCUGAGUUAUGAUCACACAGAAUCAGCUUUAUGGAUUAUAAAUCCAGAUUUACAAUAUAUCAGGAGGCACGUACCAGAUGCUGGUAGUACACAGCCAUGUGCCAGACGACAUCACACUUCAGUGGUCCAUAACAAUGUGAUGUAUGUGUAUGGUGGAUACAUUGAUCUUCAGGGAUCAACCUCAGAUGUAUGGGCAUAUCACAUAGACGAUGAAGAAUGGGAACAGAUAAACCCUAAUCAGAGGUUAGAGAAUACAGCCGGUAAACGACAUGGACAUACAUCAGUGUUAUACGGUCGUGAGAUGUGGGUAUUUGGAGGAAUGUCUGGCCUGCAGGCAAAAUCAGACUUCUGGAGAUUUAAUUUGCAUUCAUUGAAAUGGGACAGAAUAAAGUCAAAGUAUGGACCUCCUUGUUUAUCUGGACAUUCAGCAACAGUGGUGAAGGAUUACAUGGUAAUAGUAGGUGGAGAAAGUAAUGGUGUAAUGUCAAGUGAUAUAUGGGUGUUUGGUUUCUGCACAUUAAAAUGGACACAUUACCAACCCACACAUCAGUAUCCUUCACCUCGUAAAUGGCAUUCUGUUAUUCCUGUGACAGCACGAUAUAGGAAGGGGGAUAAUUCUGUCAGAACUAAAUCAUUACCUCAUCUGCAGAAGAAAGGACAAAAAGUUGUAAAUAGACCAAAAUCAAGUCCAGUUUAUUCUUCAGCAAGAUUUGCUAGAAGAUCUCCAGAGCAGACUGAAGAUGCCAAAUUAAACCGUCCAAAUACUUUAGCACUUCAUAUGAGCGAUGAAUCAAAUCAAAUUAACUCUACUUCUCAGCCAAUUGAAAUGUCCAGUUUAAAUGAGAGAAAUUCUGACCGGAGAAGUCCUUUCAAAGGAAACGGAUUUGAUAAGGGUACAAAACAGAAAGAUGAGAAGUCCCCCCUGUUAUGUAAUAGACAGACAUCAAGGGAUAGUAUGAUAUCUAAUGGUAGUGGACUAGGGACAGAUAACCCAUGUCUAGAGCUGGAUAGUAGCUGUGAAAAAAUGGAUAGAUUUGCCAAAUGUUCAAAUGACAGCUCUGAUUGUCUGGUUUCUUUAGAACUGAAAAAUAUGAAUGCAAAUGUUAAUCAGAAAGAUUCAUUGCAUAAGUCCCAAGUUGUUACUAGAUUUGUGAAAAAUAAAAAGCAGAAUUUUCAUGCAUCAAAUAUUCCAGGACAAGUUAACCUGUCCCCGAAUGGUGAUACAUUCCGUUGUAAAACUCAUAGCAAUAAGAACAAGUCAUGUGACCUGGUUGUUGAAGAUCUUGAAUUCUGUGAUAAUUACUUCUCUAACAGUACUCAGGAAAAUAACAGACUUAAACAUUCCAGAAAGAUGGAUAUUACCCACAGCUCAAACAAAGAUUUAAAAAUAAAACAACCAGAUACAGCAUUUUAUGAAACAGAAUUUAAUGACAAAACUAUGAUGAAAACACAAAGUUCUCUAGAAGAAAAAUCAUAUUCUAUGAGUGAUAUUAGUAAACCAAAUCUUGUCCAAAUUCUACCAAUAACCUCAAAAUCAACCAGUAUGCAGCUACCCCAAAAAGUGCCUUGUAGGAAAUGUAGUUUGAAUUGUUGGAUGGAGGAAACAGAGAUUGACGAUGACACCUUAGACCCAGAUGAUGUGGAUAGUCCCUCGAAUGGUACAUCAGACAUAGUCAAUGAUGUAACAGAGUCCAAAUCUACACAGGACCAAGAGUCCAAACCGACACAGGACCAAGAAGCUUGUAAAGAGACUGUUGUUGAGAAUGGUCCCCCCUACUUGUUGUUGAUUGGUGGACAUGAGGAAAAGGGACACAAUGUAUCAGUAGAACCUAUUGUUGUGUGGCAGUGUGAUGUUUUAGUCAGACAUAGUGAUAUUAGCCAUGGAGAAUACAUGAAAUCUAGUCUUGUUAUAUAGAGACAAAAUUCUGCCAGUCAUAAAUGUGCCAGAUAUAUAGAGUUUGCAGAGUCUAUGACAUUAGAUACAGAAAACUUUCACUGUAGUAUGGUGCAAAUACUGUCUGGAACCUCACUCUAAUAACUUAUUCAGAAGUUGUGGCACUUCUCAACAAUGUCCAGUGUGUUGUUUAUUCCCAGUGUGCCUUUGAGUUGUUACAGUUGUUGUUUAAUGCAUUUAUUAGAUUAAGAGUGAUUAGCCAAAAACCAGCACCAUCAUUUUUAUAUAAAAACAGUUAAAUUUUAAAAAGCUAGUUACAUUUUGUUAUUUGUUUGUAUUUUUCUAAAAGCAUAACAUGAAAGCAUUUAAUUUGAGGUUAUCAUUUGUAUAUUUGAAAUGUGCAUUACAUCAGUAAAUAUGAAGCUACUCUGCUCUAUAAAAAUCUUUAUUCCUUGAAAAGAAUGUACAUUUAUCAUUUUACAUACCAGAUAAAAUUAUCUUAUGUAGCAGAUGGAUGUAUGACAAACACAUGAAAUAGAUAAACAUACAUUUUUACUGAAGUCUCAAUGUAUGAUGUUAUGUCAAAGAAUUUCCCAGUCCAAGUAGAUUUGAAAAAAAGUUUUUUGAUAAGAAAAAAAAAUGUCUCAAUAAGAAUUUUUUUAUUAUAUUUAAAGGAUUGACCUUUCAUUUAUUUGACUGUUAUAAUUUUUUGUAAAAUGUGCAAAACAAAUUGAAUGCAUGCCACAAAUCAAAUGCUAUGGUUUAGUUUGUCUUGUUUUGUUUAUGUAAGGUUACAGGAAUGUAUUUGAUAGACUAUUCUAAAGAGAAUACAAUAACUGUAUAUUGUCUCAUAAAUAUCUCCUAGUGUUAUCAGUUCUCGAUAGAGCAACACACUUUUGCUCCAUAGGGCCAGUUCUUCAAAUAAUUGUGGUCAAAGAUGAUUGUGUUAAUUUAGUAGAUACCUUUAGUCAUUUCCUAUUAUCCUCACGAUUUUCUCUUGCGUAAAUCAAGAAAAAUCAAAACAUCUGUUGUUGUGCUCAAUUUUGACAUUGUGUGCAAAACGUCAUCAAUUCUGGAUAGUUGUGAAAAGUAUAGUAUGGUAAGCAUGUUUGAUAAUUUUAGUAGAUUUAAAAUUAUGCAAAUUGAAGAAAAGUAUCAAUUAACUAUCAUUUGUCUCUAGAAAACAUUUUUUUGUAUGAAUUUUAGCCUUAUUGAUCAAUUUAGGCAUCUUUAACCGAUAUCCUAGGAAUUAUCACUCAAGGACCAACAUAUGCAUUGAAUAUUAAUUUUAGAUGAUUUAAAAUUAUUGAACCAAUUUGUAUAUGUUAUAAGAUGUUGUAACAGCUGUUAUUAAUAUUUUACUGUCACAGUCACAAUAUUUAAGGGCAUUACUUUUUCGAUAAUUGAAUUUAAUUAAAUUUUAUACUUGAUAAGGUAUGGCUCAAACUGCGUUCCAUAAUUAUUUUCACACCACAUCUUACAAUUGUGUAUUAGGUAUGUGGACUUGACCUUCUUUUCGAGCUAAGUUUUGUUUAUAUUUGAAAACGUGCUAUUUAUGAACCGAGGGGAUGACGUUAGGAUUGUUUUGGGAAUAAGGAAAAGAAGGUUAAAAUCAGAAAAUAUUAUUUUUACUGUUGUAAAAUGUCUGAAAACUUGAAAUGUUGAAAUUAAUACUUGCUUGAAGUGAGUUUUCAUUCUGUCCUUGAAAUACAGACAAAUAGAAAACAUGUGCGAUGCCGUGAACUACUUUUAUUUUAAACACAAGCAUUGCUAUCGAGAACUGAUUACUAUCGAGAACAAAUGACUACAUGAUAUAUAUACAGAUGUAGCAUAUUUACUGAUAUAAUUUUUUGCCAAGGGAAAAUACAAAAAUACAACAGCUACAUGUAUAUUUGUUUUGGUUGUUAUAAUUACUCAUUAGUGAUAAUUGUCAAUUUCCGUCAAUUUCCUAGAAGUUUAUUUUAAAUGCUCUCGCUCUAUAUGAGUUUAAUUUGUAGUAAAAUUAUCUUGUUUUAUAGAAAAUUAACUGUCAGUUUUGUGCACGAAGCAGCCUUUUUUUAUAAUUGAAUGUUCAUUUUUCAACAUUACAAACAUAACUGAUGGCGGUACAAUGUUUUGUUUUUGAUAUGUCUUAAAAAAUAGAAAUAUGGCUUUGUACAAUGGUACAAGUAAAAACAAAUGUUUUCUUAACAUUCAAAACAAAGAAUGGUUGGGAGAGUAAAGAAUAUGUUCUAGUCUUAUUUAUAAUAGGAAAAUGAUAUUAUGUGCAAGAUUUGUUAUUUAUUGUUCAAAGCAAUUACUCAGGUUGGGGAAUUUGAUUUCAUGUUUAUAAAAAAUUAUGGUACCAGUAACUUACAACAAUAUUUACUAAUUAUGUGAUCUUUUUUUUUUAUAAAAGAUUUUUAUGGCUUGUUUGUAAUUUUAAAAACCUAAUCUUCUAAAUUCUAGAUACACAAAAAAUUGAAGCUUCUUUUUACAAAUUUAUUUGGUUGUAAAAAAUGUUGUCCAAAGCACAAGCAUGCUAAAAGUGUGUGUAAAAAUUCAAUUACAGAUUCUAAUGGGAACAUGUGUGAAAUGUAAUAAUGUUAUAUAAAGGCUUUAACUUCAUUGACUGUACAUUAUCUCCACCGUAACAUGACUUAUUAUUGUGUGCAGAAGUCUAAAUUGCUCAGCAAAAACUACUCAUUCUAUAUUGGAUGUUCUUUUAGUAGUUUUCAUCAUCUUUCAUAAAGAAACCAAACUGUUCUCACCAAUUUAUUUAUUGUCUCAUUAUUCCUGAAAUAAUGAAUAUUUAAUUUACUAUACCGGUACAUAUCAGAUAUUCGCUUUUAGUUUUUUGUAGAGGAAAGUUGUCUGUAAUACAAAAUUUUUAAGUCUUGUAUCUUUAAUUUUUUUUUAUAUUUUGAAAUUUCUUUUUGACAUGAACCAUAUCACCCUAUGACUUGCAUCAAAAGUGCUUAAUAUAGAAUAGUUCUUCAUUUAUUCCAAACAUAAAGUAUCAUGAUAUAUAUCAUUUAGCCAGUUACCAAAUUCACAAUAAUUCUGAUUUUAUUAGUAAAUUACUGCCAUGAAUUUAUUCAUUUUGUUGUGAAAGACAAACACUUUUGUUGUUGUGUAGGUUGAACAUAACUUAAUCUGAUUCAUUUACUAUUCUAUGGUGAAAGAAUUGAAAAAAACUGACAGAUUCUUCCACAGAAUAUCCUGUUGUGCACUUCCUUUUUAAUUUUGUAUUCUUCUGUAUUUUUGAGUUAAUAUGAAAAGUUAAACUUUGCUAUUCCUACUUAUUUUACUUAGAGACAUGGGCAACACUUAUUCCUUGAAAGGACUUGCACAUUUUUAUACAAUGUAUAUACAUUUCUGUCAUGAUUUUUUUUAAAUGGACGUCACUUACUAUUGUUAAUGUCUUAGUACUUAGUAAGAUUAUGUUAAAAGCUCAGAAUAAGCAAUAAAAAAUUACCCUGUGAUAUACUUACUAGUAUUUUUUUCUAUCUGAUCCUGUUCAAGGAUAAGACGAUUUUAAUUAUCAUGAAAUCAGGUUUAAUAGAUAGAUACUACAUUUUUAAAACUUAGAAUUGUUUAUUGUUGUAAGAAAAAUAUAAUGUUUUAUCACUGAAGCAAUACCAUCAAUUUAUAACAAUAUCUUUUAAUUAGCAAUUUCUAUUCUUUUAUUAAAACUAUUAUUAACUUUAUGUUCAAAGGAGUAAGUUCGAUAAGGGCCAUAUUUGGCCCCAAUUAUAAAGUUCAUAGUUAUAAGACAAUAAAUGUUUUAAGUUGCCUUAAAGACAUGUUAGAAAGUUAAACAGAACUGUUUUUGUCAAAGUUUAAUUCUAACACGUUGAUUUUUACAUCCAAAAAAGGUCAAAAUAAGGGAUUUUGGUGAAAUUUGACGAAAUCAGCUAGAUUUCAACCAAAUGAAGGACCAGGAAACAUAGAGCGCAGGCGUCGACAAGCUUAAGAUUCAAAUAAGACAUGUGAAAUGUCUUCACAAACAUUAUUUUAAAAGAUCUUUCUUGUCGACGUAUGCGCUCUAUGUUUCCAGUCCAAUAAUCUAUGGAAAUUUACCCAUUUUCAUUGAUUUUUUCGUGAAAAAACAAUAUGAGUACAACUUGUGACGUCAUAAUGAAACGCAGAAAUGUAAAAUUUUCAACAAAAUUGUUCAUAUCCUAGCUAGUCAAUGUAUUAGCUAUAAUUUAUCGUGAUAUUGGUUGAUAAAUCUGAAUUUAAAAUUUACGCUAAAAAGGGGGGCCAUUUUAGGACCUUAUCGAACAUACUCCUUUGAAAUGGAUUCAAUUUUACUUAUAUGAAAGUUGAAGUGGUCAUAUAAUUUAUAAAAUAUCUUGCGACUGAACAAUGAUAUAUAUAAUAUAUGUGUAUAUAAUGAGAAUUUAAAAGUCCUUUAAUGCAGCUACAGUAAAUUGAAAAGAAGUUUAUUGAAGAAUGUGAAUAACACACUCUUUCCUUUUGUUCAAUGCUUUCAUCUCUGUUUUGAUUUUCAGAUUGGUUUGAAAUUCUUUGAUGAUGUGAUCACUUUACACUAGCUUCUUUGCAUCUAAUUUUAUUAUAUAUUAUUGUAUUUAUAAAAUACAAAUUAAUUACUUUAUACUUUUAAACAUAUUCUGUAAAUGCUAAAAUAAAUUAGUAUGACUUUUAUUAUUAAUAUUUAUAAUGUCAAAGAGAAAUAGUUGUUAAUUUCUGUGUCAUUUGAUCUCUUGUGGAGAGUUGUCUCAUUGGCAAUCAUACCAAUCUUCUUUUUUGUACCGAUAUGGUAAAACAUUUUUCUUUGUCAUAUAAAUGACCUAUGGAAAAUACCUUUUAUAGAUGUCUUUUGUCCUGAACCUAUUUUUAAUGAUUGAAGGAAAUCUUUAAAUUGUAUCAUCUAACUUUCAUGUCAGAUUACUUUUUGAGAAAAAAAUUCCUUUACUGACAAUUUUGUAAAGUUUUUCCCAUUUUGACCAAUGGUCUAUUAAAUAAUCUUCAUGAAAUUGUUUUUUUCUGACAAAUAUCAGCUGCCAUUUUACUUUUUGCAUGGUCCAUCAAUCAAAAUCUUGUGUUAGUGAUUUAGUCUGUUUCUAAGUAAAUUUGUAAGUAUUUUGACCUCACCUGUUGAUUAGUUGUUAGGAAAAUUUAAUGGUUGUCUGAAAAAUGUAACCUGCCCUGAAUAUUCAUUAACAACUGACUCAUGUCUAGUUAUUGAUUUUGAUGAGAUGAUAGCAAGAUGAUUCGAUUGACUUAUGUGUCUUAUGACUAUCACAUAUAGCAAGUUGUAUAUCUUUGCCUGAUAUGUCAUGUUAGUAUCACUGAUACACUCAGUAUUUUAUCAUUUAUUAUACAGCUAUAUUGCUGGUAAGAAUUUUUUAAGCAUUUGUAUUUUUAUAAUCAUACACAUGAUUUCUUCAAAUGUAAAAGGACAUGAAAGUGACCUAAGACUAACAGACUAAAUACAUGUAGACCUCACUAAAUAUUGUUGACAAUAUUAAAGCUUCAAUAAUGAAGAGACAUUACCAUUAAAUGUUGACCAAAAGCAAUUUAUGACUUAAGUUAUAUUAUUGUUUCAGUAUUUUCUGUACAUACAUAUUAUUUUUGUUUUAAGUACCAGAUUUAUAUUUAGUUCAAUUUAAUCAGUAUACUCUUUCUGUGAUAUUUGUUAUACAGUAUAGGUUUAUAUAUGUUUCUAAAUAAAUAAUUUUGUAAUGUUGAA